UUCUUGUAUAUAUCUUAUACUAUUCUUCAGUUACAUUGUCCCUUCGACACUGAGAAGCUCUUUCUAUCUCUCUUUCUCUCUCUCUCUCUCUCUCUCCUACUUAUGGGUGCAGGGCCGGUUCUAGGCUUACUUCUGGUGCUUCUCUUAGGCACCAAAUUGGAAGGUCACAGCCACGGCCAUGGUCACCAUCAACGCGACGACGGGCCAAGCCGGAUGCUCUUUGUUUUUGGAGACUCUUAUGUAGACACAGGAAACAUUGGGAAAUCAGUAGCGAACUCGUGGAAGGAUCCUUACGGCAUCACUUUUCCGGGGAAACCCACCGGCCGGUUUUCCGACGGCCGCGUCUUGACUGAUUUUGUUGCUUCCUAUUUGGGGAUCAAAUCUCCGAUUCCUUACAGAGUGAGACAAUUUGCUGGGAAUCGGAAGCGGUUCGGUAUGAACUUUGCGUUCGGAGGAACCGGCGUCUUCGACACACUUGUCUCUCUGCCAAACAUGACCACACAGAUUGAUCUCUUCCAGCAACUGAUUGAUGAAGGCGAGUAUCAGGAGUGGGAACUCGGAUCGUCCAUGGCUCUCGUAUCGGUUGCAGGCAACGAUUACAGUGCAUACCUUGCUAGAAAUGGCACCAUGCAGGGUUUGAAGGGGUUUGUGGAGUCGGUGGUGAACCGGACGGCAGCGAACAUACAGAGGAUAGUGCAAAUGGGGGUCCGGAAAGUGGCGGUGGUAGCGCUGCAGCCGGUGGGCUGCCUGCCGACUAAUACGCUGCGGACUUCCUACACGGCCUGCGAUGACGCCUCGAAUCGAUACGUGGGCUUCCACAACGCGGCCCUGCGCGCGGCCGUCGAUGCGAUCAACGCUCGUCUCGGCCGUCCAUCUCAAGUUGCGAUCCUUGAUCUCUACGGCGCCUUUUUGUCCGCAUUACAAGGUUCGAAAUUUAAGGACCCACUGAAGCCAUGCUGCAGGGGAGUGAGCUCGGCCAGCAAUUGCGGCAGCAUGGACCAACAAGGGAACAGGCUGUACCAGGUGUGUUCGAGUCCAUGGUACACCUUCUUCUGGGACAGCGUGCACCCAACCCAGGCCGGCUGGUCCGUGGUCCUUCCCUCCCUCCGCCCAACUCUCCACCAACUCUUGGCCAGUUUGUGAGAGCCAUUGGUGAUCUUGUGUAACAAAACGUAGUGCACUCACUCCUUCGUUAUUGUUCCCUCUGUACGCUCGUCAGCAUGAAGAUCGAUCCGGCCUCUACUGCUUGCUUCUAAUAGAUCGGGCAUGGACUCUUUGUGCCGCUUUUAAUCUGAAUUUAAGUAUAUAUUCAUGUCUAGAUUACAACUUUA